CAGUGUCUCUCUACCAUCCGUACAACAUGCAGGCAGUGUAUGCUGAGCUGCUGCUCUCCCUAUCACUCUCCCUCGCUCUCCUUCCAUCAGAAAGUUAUCCUUCUCUGGUCCAGGUGAAUGGACUCUUAAAUCAGUCUAUCCACAUGUCAAACUAUUUGAAACAGAUGGAUCCAGUUGAAGAUGUUGUCUGGCAUCAUGAAUUCAGGGGGAAAAUUUUCAAAAUUGCAAGUUUUGAUCGCUCAAAAUUAACGGUCAAGAAAGAAGAACUAAUCGACCGUCUUGAAUCAUCUGAAGAUGGAACUUCUUUAACCAUCAGAGAGCUGAGGAUGGAAGAUAGUGGGACCUACCAUGCAACUAUUACUUUCAAAAACCAAGAGUCUAUUAAAAUCUCAUUUCAUCUCACUGUCUAUGAGCCCGUCCCAGUGCCGAGCAUAUUAAAGACCAUAAAGGGAACAUCUCCUGAAUGGUGCAAUCUAACCCUGCAUUGCUUUCUUCCAAUAAACGCUUCACUGCACGUGGAAUGGAAAGAGAAGUAUAAAGAUCUUGGAUUCAAACCCUCUAAAAAUGGGAGCUCAAUUGAACUUGCCCUACAACCUGAAAUGUGGGGUACAGAGUUUCUGUGUUUGGUGAAGAACCCAGUGUCUUAUAGCAAUGCCUCGUUAUUAAUACAACAGGAAUGUAGGAUUUUGGAAUACAGUGCUCAUCACCGUAUCUAUAUCUUCCUGUUGGCAGCUGUUGUGAUCUUACUCCUACCAUUAGCUGCAGGCAUAAUAAUAAGCAGAAGGAAGACAAGGAGAAAAGAACCUGCUCCAUCUACACGGGAAGUUAAAUGUAAAGAACCUGCAUUUGCAGUUGUGCAAAAGUGUCCUCAGGAUGUUAGUGAUCUGAAUCUAAUUGAAACUAAACCAAGAUCUGAGCAGCCACCCAAGGCAAAAGUCCACACAAUAUAUGAUGAGCUUAGACCUUCAGGGUGAAAAGAAAAGUGAAACCUGAUCUAGUUGUUUAUACCAAGUACAACCAGAGAUCUCAUAUGUCUUCCAUUAUUCCUGACAUGCUUGAGCGCUGAUCUGAAGGACUUAAUGUUAUGAACCUCAUCAUCACCUCUCUUCUCUCCUUCUGGACUGCUGACUACUAAAGAUGAUUGGUCUGCACGAUCAGUAAAACCUACUAAUGUAGUUAAUGUGCACUGAAGAGGAUCCUCCAAGGCUAAACUCAAAAAGUCAAGUAGACAUUGGAUGUUUUGGAAUUGGACAUUUGUUUGAAAGGAAAGCCUUUCUAGAUGGACACUUGGAAACACUGGUUAAUUUUCUACUGAAAGGAGUACCAUUGACUGGCAAAACACAUAGGGGCAGAUUUGCUAAAUUUAAGGUUCAAAUGGUAAAUUCUAAUUUUUGAGUUGGUUUUUUGGUCAAAACUCAUAAUUUCAAUCUUAAAACCACCAAAGCAAAUUCGAAUCCGAGAUUUAUCAUUCCCCUACCCUGGAAAUAACUCGAAUUUGAUAGGUUGCCAUCUAAAACCUGCCAAGUUCAUGUACAAGUCAAUGGCAGAGGUUGACCCAAUAAGUUAACCAAUUUGAAGAUGUUGAUAGCCUUCUUGACAUUCAAGUUUUUUUUUCGAAUUUGUUUCGAGUUUCCGGGUUCUUAACAUUCGAUCGAAUUUUAGACCAUGUUUUUUCAUAAGUAAACUCCAAUUCGAGUUGUGACUACAUUUGAGUUUAUUAGAGUAAAAAAAAUUUGCAUAACUAAAAUGUGACCUUUGAUAAAUCUGCCCCAUAAAGAGUGACUCUUUUUAAGUUAUAAAACAAGCAGAUAUUUGGCCACUCAUGUGCUGGGUCAAAUCAGGAUUAUUUGCUGGUCUGGACCAAUAACUGGAUCAUGAUUAUUGGAUUGUGUUUGGAUUCUACUGAGCAGCGUAUGGCCAGAUACAUUAGAUUGCUUUAUGGGGCUGGAUUAGCAAAUACAGGGUUAUUGAAAAUAGCUCUUAGUAGAAAGCUGAUCCUGGGUCUGGUCUGAUUGCCAUUUUUGGCAAUUUGGAAAGGCUUCAGAUGGGGCUUUUUUUACUUCUUAUAUGAAGCUAGGCUGAUUUUAUAUAGACAUAAUAGGUUGAACUCAAUGGACGUGUCUUUUUUCCACCUACAAUAACUUACUAUGUAACAAAGUAGAUAAACACUGCAUAAUACUGUAUGCAUGCUAUACGUAUUAUUAUUAUUUGUACAGCUCUACAGAAUAUGUUGGUGCUGAAUAAAUAUGUGUUAUUAAUAAUAACAAUGUCUGAUGCUGACUGUAUCUAUAUCUUUUCAAUAUCUUUAUAUAGUGCUACUAGCAUUCCAAUACAUAUAGUAGCUAUGUAGAACACAUUCCCUGUCCCUUACAGCUUGCAAUUUAAUGCAGAAGCUUAAUGAUAGUCUUUUCUUUCUCUUAGGGCUUUUUUGGAUAUAUUCCCAGAGCUGACAUACAGGAAAAAGAAAGAGUAGUUAAAAGCAAUGCUGUUUACACCGAUACUUUAUAGAAGAACAAUAGAUUUUAUUACAAACGGUUUCCUCUACUAUUCCCUGUUCUACCCUGGGGAAGGGAGUGUUGGAAGAAUUCUCAUGAACAAACAAUGUGUGCAGAUUGGCAAAGAUAUGGUCACGGGUCAAGGCAAAUAUUCUCCUAUGUAUUUAUUCAUAACUGUUACAUUUAUUUACCAAAAGGUGCUUCCGUUGUUACAUCCCUCUCAGUCUUUGUAAAUAAAUAUUUACAUCUUAAACCACUUUCUAAUAUCAAAUAUAUAAAUAGUUAAAGAAAAAUAUUUCUAGAAGGCAAAAACUUUGACAAGAAGAUUGACACCUGCUGGUUACACCUGGAAAAAGAAUAUAUAUUCUGAUUUGUUCCUCAUUUAAUGUAUGAAUAAAUGUAAAAUAAUUGGAACAUAUCAAUAAUCC